AUGACGGCGUCGACCGAUUACGAAAAGGCCUAUCCGGCCGCUGUGCCCACCCAGUCGCCCGACCUGUCCGAGACGACGACAAGGGUCUACCCCGUCGGACUCAAGGGACGCGUUGAGCGUGUCAGCGACUUUCUCGUCGAGCACGGCGUCGAGGAGAGGGGUAUCCAGCCGCGGCCAGAGGACGAGCGCGAGAGGCUGAGCUGGAGGAGCUACUUUCCGCAGCUGACGUUCUGGGCGGCGCUCAACACCAACAUUCUUACCUUCUCCGAAGGCAUGCUCGGCCCGUCCCUCUUCGGCCUCGACUUCAAGACCUCGGUGUGGGUCAUCGUCGUGUUCAACGCCGUCAUGUGUCUCCCGCCCGCAUACCUGGCUACCAACGGCCCACGCACGGGAAUGCGCCAGAUGGUCCAGGCGCGCUACGUGCUGGGAUACUUCCCCGCCAUGGUCAUUGGCUUUGCCAACUGCGUGACGCUCAUUGGAUUCCUGUCGCUCAUGACCAUCCUGGGCGGACAGUGCUUGUCGCUCGCCAGUGACAGUUCGAUGAGCUGGGAUGUGGGAAUUGUCGUUGUGGCCAUCAUUGGCGUGCUCCUCUCGUUCAUCGGUCUCCGCGCCCUCCACAUUCUCUCCCUCACCUCCCUCCCGGUUGUCUUCAUGCUCUACAUUGUCCUUGUGGGCGUUACGGGCGACAAGCUGCACCUCGCUGUCAGCGAGACCGCCACGGCUGCCACGGCAGUCACUGCGUCGGGCGUGCUGGGCUACGCGGCCAGCCAGAUCGGAUUCACCGUGUCGUACUCGGCCAUUGCGUCGGAUUUUACCACCCUUCUGCCGUCCAACACGCCGCGCGUGCCGCUCUUCCUGUGCGUCUACCUCGGCCUGCUCGUGCCCAUCAUCUGCAUCCAGAUCUUUGGCGCCGCAUGCCAGCUCGCCGCUUUCAGCCUGCCGCACUGGUCUGCCGCCGCGGACAUUGGCGUGCCCAACCUCCUGUUUGUGAUGAGCGGGGCCGGUGGCGCCGCCAAGUUUGUCAUGGUCCUGUUCUGCCUGUCGGUCGUCGCCAACGUCGCGCCGACCAUCUACUCGUGCGGUCUCUCGGCCCAGGUCUGCCUCCCCUUCCUCGUCAGGGUGCCGCGCUACUUCCUCGCCAUCGUCGUCACCGGCGUCUACCUGCCCGUGGCCAUUGUCGGCUCGACCCACUUUUACACCGUGCUCGAAAACUUCCUUGCUGUCCUGGGAUACUGGUCGGCGCUGUACCUCCCGCCAGCGAUCAUUGAGCCCCUCGUCUUCCGUGCCCCCGUUAGCCUCAAGACGUACGCGGUGGACAUUUACAACAAGCCCAGCAAGCUGCCUAUCGGCCUGGGAUUCAUUGCCGGAUGCUGCGUCGGCAUCCCUCUCGUCGCCGCCGGCAUGAGCCAGGUAUGGUGGAACGGCUGGAUCGCACGCAAGAUUGGUGGCGCUGGUGACCUCGGCUUUGAGCUUGCGUUUGUUGGUGUUGCGAUCGUGUUCCUGCCCGCACGCUACCUCGAGCGCAAGUACACCAAGCGCUAG